UAGUUAGCAACUUCUGUUAAUUUCUAUAUCAAGAUGGCUGUGUGUGGUGGAACAAGUGGUCUCAAACCAGCCACCGAGGCGGAGCAAAAGAUUUGCGAUGAGGUCUGUUUGAAUCGCUUUGUGUGACGUUUAGUGGCACUUUAAUUUUCACAGUAGAAACGGGGCCUCUUCUAGCAGAGAAAGAGUAGCUUCUUUGAGAAACAAGAUUUGGAGGCCACAUCUUUGACUGAUUUGCCUCUAAAUUUUCGUUGUUGCAUUGUAAAGAUGUGUUUGUGCUUGUUCCUGCCACAGGUGAAAAGUAAAGCAGAGGAAAAAGCGGGAACAAAAUUCAGUCAGUUUGUAGCCAAGUCUUUUAAAACUCAGGUUGUAGCUGGAACAAAUUACUUUAUUAAGGUAAGCUCAUCACUGGUCCAUUUAUUAUAAAUUGUCAAUAUGUUGCUUCAGAAUUAUUACGACACUGUCAUCACAAUUUUCGUAUGGGUGUAAUUGGGUUCGGAAUGAUGGCAGCUGGGCAUAUAUAAUAUCCCUGAAUAUCCGUACCCCCCACGGUUGAGGACUUACCUUUUUUUCUUACCCCUGAAGAUUAAGUAAAAUUGUAUUUCAGCCCUGGAGACUUCCAUGAGAUAUGGGUUUGCCGCUUUAAAAUUCGGGGGUACUCCUGAAGAAUUUGGUAAAAUUAAAGCUUUACCUCCCCAAAAUUCCUUAUUUUCUUACUCUACCCCUAAAGAAAUCCUCAAUUUUUUUAAAAUGGCCCCUGAAGAAUUCCAUGGUUCCUCACCAGGGUGGGAGGGGGGUUGGAUGGAUGUUGAAUGCAACAGCCUGAUUGAAUCACCAAGUAAAAGUGUUGGGGAUGACUGUCACAUUUUAAGGAUGAAAUUUGUUGGCAAAAAAAUGAUGAAUAAUGAGUUUCAAUUUUUUUAUGACUUUUUUAAAGUGUUCAGUGUAGCCUGAGUAACCAGCCGACACACUGUGACAUCACUAACAGUUUCCCUGCAAAGUGACGUCUGACAAAUGACUACAGAAAUCCCAUACUGUUGACUUACAUUUAUGACUACCAAGUUCUGGGUAGUGCUUCUCAUUAGUUGGAAAUUUGCUUCAGCCAAUCAGAAACACUUGCCACAUCUGGGUCUUGUUGUUUAGACAAGAACAGCAAGACCUGUUCUGUUUUCUCAGGCUAUGAGGCACUCUACUUAGGAUUAUAAAAAUGUAGCCCUUAACCUCUUUGGAAGUCACCAGGAGCUUAUAACCUGGAGUGAGCGACCCCUACACUGAGCCUAUGCAAUGGCACUUACACAGAACAAUUAUUUUGUGCUUUGUUUAAGUUAGAGUAGUAUCUUUUCCUGCAAAAAUGGAAGACCUGCCCAAAAGUGUUUCCUUCUGUAGAAUGACACAGGAAAAAGUAAUGUGUAAUCUGCAUAUUGACGUAACACCUCAAAGAUACCCUUUUCUAAUGCUGACUGCUUUGUAGUCUUAUUGUAUCCAAAAAAUAAUAUACUGGCCUUCUAUGAAAUUACUGUGACAAGAAUACAUGAGCGAUUCUGGCUGGCUCUGGGUUGUUAUGCUCCUAAUAAUGAUACUCUAUAGCGAGAUUACUCACUCUCCCCUUCCCCACCAGUUUCAAGGCCAAAAUGUUAUAAGUUUGGGUGUUUUUGCAACUUCUUUUAGUUGCAUCACAGCUCCAAAGAUAUGAUCACUUCCUUUCAUAAUCUAACCUGGUGAUUCAUAAUAAUAUUCCAGGUUGACGUUGGCAAUUCUUCAUUUGUGCACUUGCGUGUCUAUCAGACCCUGCCACAUGCUGGAUCUACCAUUGAACUUACUGACAUCAAGACUGGGUUAAAGGAAGAUGACAACUUAGAUUACUUCUAAUCAUUACUAAAGAAAUCCAGUAUUUGAAAAUUAAAAUGUUCAUGAAAUGGCACUACAAGUUUAAAAUGUUUUGAAUAAUAGGAUCUUUCUAUCUAUACUAAGGUCCAGUAAAAUGUAUAACCAUGUAUGGGUUUCAAUCGAAUUUUUAAAUAAAAUAUUUCGAUGUAAUCUUGUUUUAUCAC